AUGUCCCGCAAAGGCAUCGGCAUCGGCGCCUUCGACCGCCACCGCCUCACCUCGGCCCAGUACGCCUCCCACGGCACGACGCUGCGCACAACCAACGCCGCAGCCCUCGAGACCCAGCUCGCCGUCUUCCGCUCGCUGCUGCAGCAGUUUGCCCAGACGCACGCCAGAGGACAUCCGCUCCGACCCAUCCUUCCGCGCGCAGUUCGCGCGAAUUGUGCACCGCCAUCGGGUUCGAACCCGCUCGGGUCGUCCGGCGCAAUCGUCGUCGCCGUCGGCCGGCAAGGACCGGCGCCGAGAAGCAGACUCUGGGGGCCCAUGCGUGACCCGCCACCAUCCAACAAGCUGCUAUCCGCUCACCGACGAUGUUCGCUCUCCGCCCCGCUGGAGGUGCGUGAGGGAAUAGCUAAGGGCCGCCCCGAGGGCGCGCCCGAGGUGACGGACGACGACGUGCUGCGGGCCGUCGGCACGCUGAAGCCGCUCGGCGGCGCCUUUGCCGUGCUCAGGGUCGGCAGCAAGAGCUAUAUACGGAGCGUGCCGAAGGAGCUCAACACGGACCAGAGCGCCGUGCUCGAGGCGGUGCAGGUGCUCGGCUACGUGAGCGUCGGCAUGUUGAUGGCGAACCUGGGGUGGCCGAGGGCGAGGGCCGUGACGGCGGUGGAGGACCUGCUCGGCGAGGGCAUGCUGUGGGUGGACAAGCAGAGCCCGGUCGAGUGGGAGUACUGGAGCCCGGGGUUCAUGCUGGACGAGGGGUCUCAUGGCGACUGA